UUCCCCGAGCCUCGGGUCUCCCUCUCCGUUCCGGACGCGCUGUGCGGCGGGCGGCUUGCUGACUUGUGAAGGAGAGCAGCCCGCCACCAUGGACCUGGCCGGCUUGCUCAAGCCCCAGCUCCUGUGCCACCUGGUGCUCUGCUACGUGUUCAUCGCCUCGGGGCUCAUCAUCAACACCACGCAGCUCCUCACGCUCGUGCUGUGGCCCAUCAACAAGCAGCUCUUCCGGAAGAUCAACUGUAGGCUGUCCUACUGUAUCUCCAGCCAGCUGGUGAUGCUGUUGGAGUGGUGGUCGGGCACGGAGUGCACCAUCUACACCGACCCACACGCCUACCCCCUGUACGGCAAGGAGAGCGCCAUCGUGGUCCUCAACCACAAGUUCGAGAUUGACUUUCUCUGUGGCUGGAGCCUGGCCGAGCGCUUUGGGAUCUUGGCGAACUCCAAGGUGCUGGCCAAGAAGGAGCUGGCAUACGUACCCAUCAUCGGCUGGAUGUGGUACUUCACCGAGAUGAUCUUCUGUUCGCGCAAGUGGGAGCAGGACCGCAAGACUGUGGCUGCCAGCCUGAUGCACCUGCGCGACUACCCCGAGAAAUACCUUUUCCUGAUCCACUGCGAGGGCACGCGGUUCACAGAGAAGAAGCAUCAGAUCAGCAUGCAAGUGGCCCAGACUAAGGGGCUGCCCAGCCUCAAGCACCACCUGCUGCCCCGCACCAAGGGUUUCGCCGUGACCGUGAGGUGUCUGAGAGAUGUAGUUUCAGCUGUAUAUGACUGUACACUCAAUUUCAGAAAUAACGAAAACCCAACUCUGCUGGGAGUCCUCAACGGAAAGAAAUACCACGCCGACUUCUACGUGAGGCGGAUCCCCAUGGCAGAGAUCCCGGAUGAUGAUGACAAGUGUUCCGCAUGGCUGCACAAGCUCUACCAGGAGAAGGACGCCUUCCAGGAGGAGUACUACCGCACGGGCGUCUUCCCAGAGACGCCCCGGGUGCCCCCGCGGCGGCCUUGGGCCGUCAUCAACUGGCUCUUCUGGGCCUCCCUGCUGCUCUACCCCUUCUUCCAGUUCGUGGUCAACCUGGUCAGCAGCGGCUCAUCCCUGACACUGGCCAGCCUCGUCCUCUUCUUCUUUGUGGCUUCCAUGGGCGUCCGAUGGAUGAUUGGUGUGACGGAAAUUGACAAGGGCUCCACCUAUGGCAACGUGGCCAGCAGGCAGAAACACAAGGACUGACUGGCGCAGCACGUGCCUCAGGGGACCUUGGGGGACUGGUGGCCCUGGCCUGGCCCCUUUGCAGAGCAGCCCCAUGCUGGGAAGGCCCACAUCGCACCCUCCCUGGCAGGGAGACCCAUCACAGCUGCACUAGCAGAAGAUGCUCUUAAAUUCUUUUCCUCACAA